UAAACGGUGUAAACGCACCCAUUAAAACAAUCGAUUGGCCCAAAAAAUAAUUUGAGGUUCGUGUUAUGUAGUUCGGUGUUAAAAUGAACAAAAAGUUAUUCAGUUCGGCACUAAGUUGGGCAAAACUAUCAUAUAGUUUUGUAAACUAUUGCACCCAUGUGCCAAAAAAGUUCACCCAAAAAAUCGGUUUUAUUGGAGAUGGUGCCAUGGCCAAAGCGAUAUGCAGGAGUAUCAAGAGAAAAGGAUUAAUCGAUUACUCUCAGGUGUUCGUAGCAAGUCCCUACCCAAAAAACCUGGACUCCUGGAAAGAACUGGGUACAAACGUAUCGACCAGUAACGCACUAGUAGCCAAAGAGUCAGACGUUGUCUUUUUAGCGGUAAAACCGCACAUUUUAAAAGACGCCGUCGCCGAAAUGGCCUCCAGCGCACUCCUGGAUCAGAUUAAAGACAAACUUUUCGUUUCGAUACUGGCCGGUAUAACUACCGGGGAUCUUGAAGGGUUGCUUUCCAUGUUUGAAAACAGCAGAGUGAUCAGGGUGAUGCCAAACACCCCGAUGCUAGUCGGAGAAGGUUGCACGGUUUAUUGUCCGGGGUCAAAGGCUACCGAAGAUGACCUCGAUCUGGUCCAUAGCAUUCUGGAGGUCACCGGGAUGUGUCAGCGUUUGCCAGAACACAUGAUUAAUGCUGUGGGGGCCGUUUCUGCAAGCGGACCUGCUUUUGUAUAUCUAUUUAUUGAAGCUUUAUCGGACGGAGGAGUGAGAAUGGGACUACACAGAGACAUGGCGACGAGGUUUGCGGCCCAAACGGUUAUGGGAGCGGCUAAGAUGGUCCUGGAAACCAGCAAACACAUGGGAACACUGAAAGACGAGGUGUGUUCCGCUGGAGGACAAACUAUUGCCGGUAUACAUGCGAUGGAAAGAGGUGGUGUCAGAGGUGCUGUAAUGGACGCAGUGGAAGCGGCUGCCCUAAAAGCCGCCGAAUUAGGAAAACAAGGCAAACAAUAAAAUUAUUCUACCGGAUUUUCUAUAAACCAAAAACGUAUUUAUAUUGACCGCAACAGCUGGAUCAAUAAAUCAUUGAAUAUAA